AGAGCAGUUCAACAACUCCUAGUUAUCUUAUAUGGUAGUAGUUGUACUACUGUCAAAACAAUUAGACUUGGCCCAUUAUUUCUGAGGAAGAUGUUGAUGUCAAGAUGCCUCCUUUUUGUGUUGGCACUGAUUACAAUAGCUGUGGAUGGAGCUGUAAUAACAGUGCCUCUUGAAUCGGCAACUAUUGCUCCAUAUGCUACAGCAACAUUUACUUGUGAAGGAACUGGUGAUCUACUUGCAUGGACUGUGCAGGGUAAUUCUCUUGAUGCAACUCUUAAACAGCAAAGAAACAUAUCAGUUACUGAUCUCAGCAGCUCUGGAAACUUAUCAUCAGUACUUACUAUUGUUGGGUUACCUGAUAAUGAUGGGAUUGGGAUUGCUUGUCAGAUACUGUCAUAUCCACCUUUUAAACAAGUAUUCUCGGGUGCUACACUAACAAUAAGAG